GCACUGUUACCCGGAAGAACAACAUAGUGAAAAAUGAAGGAUCUGAUGUUGCACUUCACUCUCAUCUGUGUGAAUAAUUAAGCUGCCCGGGGGUGUUAUUUCAGAGCAGUCAGCGUUAAUAACUUGACUGCAUGAUCUUCUUAUGAAAAGCAGUGCAAAGAAUUCUCCAGUAAAUUUUUUAAUGAAGUGUUGCUCCAUGGGCUCCUCUGCUCUUCUCACACAGAUGGUUAAUGAUGAAGGGCCAUUGAUCCUAGAUGGUGGACUGGCAACUGAUCUGGAAGCGCAUGGAGCCAAACUGCAGGGAGACCCUCUGUGGAGCGCCAGGCUUUUGCACACUGAUCCUCAGGCCAUAAGAGAUGCUCAUUACAGGUUCCUGCUCAGUGGUGCUGAUGUCAUCACGACAGCCACAUACCAGGCAAGUAUCCCAGGAUUCAUCAGCCACCUGGAGGUGAGCGCUGAACGCGCCAGAGAGCUGCUGAUGUCCGGAGUUCACCUGGCCAAAGAGACGGUGAAGGGGUUUGAGUCAGGGCAGAGACGCCCCCUGGUGGCAGGCUCUGUGGGGCCGUACGGGGCCUUUCUGCACGAUGGCUCGGAGUACACUGGAGCUUACGCAGAGCAGAUGAGUGUUGAAGUGUCUUUAAUCUAUUUGAAGGAGCUUAAAGUUUGGCACCGGCCUCAGAUUGACUGCUUAGCAGCUGCAGGAGCUGAUCUCAUCGCCUUUGAGACAAUCCCGAGCAUCAAAGAGGCGGAGGCUGUGGUGGAGCUGCUGAGGGAGUUUCCAAACUCGAAAGCCUGGCUGUCAUUCUCCUGUAAGGACCAGAAGUGUAUAUCGGACGGCAGCCUGUUCGCUGACGCCGUGCGGGUUGCCAGCAGAUCCAGGCAGCUGCUCGCUGUGGGAGUCAACUGCUGUCCUCCAGACGUGGUGGAGCCGCUGCUGGACUCUGCUGGACCACUGCACACCUCAGACAUGAGCUGGGUGGUGUACCCUAACAGCGGAGAGGAGUGGGACACUGAGCGGGGGUGGCAAACAUCAGGAAAACCAUCAGCAUGGACGCCUGAUCUGAGCCACAUGUGGGUGAAGCAGGGCGCUGCUCUGAUAGGAGGAUGCUGUCGUAUCGACCCUGCUCACAUAGCGGAGCUAAGGCGGCAGUUAAAGGGACGGUGAACCUCCAGCCUCUGCAGAGAGGCCCCAAAACUUGGCUGCCUACAAAAACAAGACAAGCUGAAGGAGGCAGAAACCUGUCACUGCUGACUUUGUGCAAAUUAUAAUCAAAUCUGUGAUUGAUGACAUGAUGCUGGUGCUCACACUCUGGCUGAGCAGGCCUUCUUGUUUAUGCACGGCUUAUGUUCACUAUAAGAGCGUGAGGAGACUCAGAAGAGAGAGAAUAAAUUAUACAAAAUCUGA